CGUUAACUCAUCAAGCCCAUUAACUUACUUCCCCUCUUAACGGCUCUUAUCCUAUCCCGCUACUCCAGUCACCGUUGAAAGCUGCUUCUAGCCUUCUACUAUCAAAUUCUCAAUACUCUGUACCCACUUUUCUGUCCACUUCCACCCAUUUAACACCCACUGGCGGACCAAUUUAACGAAGCCCCGGCCCCGUUCUCCACUUGUUCCGCGACGCGACUUGGAAUUACAUUUGACGGGCAACCGACUUGGUUGCUUUCUUUUUUGCUUUUUAUCCUUUGACUUCUUUGCUUUGCUUUUGCUUUUUUUGUUUCCAUCCCCAAACACAACUCCAACUCCAACGUCACCUCCAGCUUCGACUUCAAUCUCUAUGCUCGCUACGACCCUGCUCGACCUCCGUGCCUAGUUCUUUAAAUACUCUCCCCUCUCCUCCUCCCCACGCUAGCCAUGGCUCGCCAAUCCAGUAUCGAUCUAGACUCGCCCGAUCGGCCCUUUGAUAAUAUUAUCAACUUCCGCGAUGUCGGCCGGACGAUUAACCAUUUCUGCGGCGCGGAGGUUCUUAAAGAGGGUAUUCUCUACCGCAGUGCCAGGCCCGACGAUGCCUCCGAGCGCGACAAGCGGCGUCUAGCCGAGGAACUCCACAUUGCAACAGUAAUCGAUCUACGAUCACAAACAGAACACCAAAUGGCGACUCGAAAGCGGCGCGCAGAAAUCGCCAGUGCAGGCUCACCGGCGGAUGUCGACGACAUCGACUUGACUUCUGCCCCUGUGCCUGCGGACCCGGACGAGCACAUCUGCAAGAUUCCCGACUCUCAGCGCCUCUUCAUCAGUCUUACGGGCAAGGCCUUUGAACGGGCCCUGCUCAGUAAACUCGAUUGGUUUAGUUAUCUCCGCGUCAUCACCCUCGCCCUAACAGGCUACCGCCCAGACGCAAUCCGCCUAAUCGGCGAAACAAUCAUGCAACCCCGCGGCCUAACCGGUCUCGCCCAAGACACCCUAGAAACCAGCAUCCCCGAAUUCCGCUCAAUCUUUACCACCCUCGCCACAGACACAUCCUAUCCAAUCCUCAUCCACUGCACCCAAGGCAAAGACCGCACGGGGAUUAUAAUCCUCCUCGCGCUACUUCUAGCAGGCGUCCGCAUGGACGCGGUCGCAGACGACUACGCGCGGUCGGAACUAGAACUCGUGCCUGAAUUUGAGGAGCGCAUGCGUGAGAUUAGGGUGCUUGGUCUGGGGGAGGAGUAUACGAGGUGUCCGCCUGAUUAUGUCCCGGAUAUGAUUGGGUUUUUGGAACGGAGGUAUGGUGGGGUUAGGGGGUAUUUGGAGAGGAUUGGGAUUGAUGCCGGGAUGCAGGAUUUGAUACGACAGAAACUUUUGGUUCAGGGGUGAUUUUGAUCCUGGGCCCAGUGUAUUGGGGGUUUUCUUUUGUUUUUGCUGUUUUUUGGGAUUCGGGGUUUUCAUGGGUGGUUCGUUCCAUGGUUUCUUUCUUUGUUUUUUGACCGAUGUUUCCCUUUCUUGGAGGGUAUACAUACGCGCAUCCAGCAUCCAUCUGUUUUUGGACGUUUCGGGCAUUUGCUGGGACUGGACUUCCUUUUUUCUUUUGUUUUUGUUUUUCUCUUCCAGGCUUUGAUUCAAGCUGGGAUUUGAUCAUUGCCGAUUGAUACUCUGGGUUCCGGGUGAGCCAUCACAAUUGUUAUUGGCAUGACAUGGCAUGGGCUGUUCUUGUUUGUAUAUGAUAUAGCAUAUGUGGAUACGAUAAUGACGGCAGCAUGAAAGAUACAUGCUAUAUGUGGAAUACAUGGCAUAGAAAAUAUGAACUUCAUUCAGG